AUUUAUCUUAACUCAUAUAUAAAUAUCCUCUUCAUGUCCAUUACGUGAAGUUAUUACAAAUACAUCAUUACGAAGAUGAAGUGCUUAAUAUUUGUUUUAUCAAUUAUAGUAGCUAUUCAAGCUGCUAGUUAUCAGUUAAUUCCAGUCAUUGAACACGACGGGGAAGUCUACAUCGCACUUUCCCACCAAUCUCGAAGCGGCCGCUCGGCCGAUCCGCGCCGUUACGGUGGCUACGGAUCUCCUGGAGGAUCCGGGGCCCAAUCCGACGCUUCAGCCACCAGCCAGACCCAAACCGGCUCUUUCGGGCCUUUCGGACCUUUUUUCGGCGGCAAAGGCUUUGGAGGCGGCACUUUUGGCAACUCGAAUUCAAACGCCGGAGCCAAAGCAGGAGGUUUCGCUUCCGGAAAUUCCGACUCGAUUGCCAAUGCCCAAUCCCAGACUUUCACAGGAAAUGGCUUUUCAGGCUCGGCCUCUUCGGCCAGUGCAUCCAGUCAUAGUUCCUCAGGUGGUUUAGGAUUAGGACACAGCCAUUUAGGGGGAGGCUCAGCCUCAAAUGCUCAAGCAGCCGCUCAAAGCGACGGUAAAUCGCAUUCGUAAUUUUUUAUUUUUGCAAAUUGUGUCUUGGCAAAUAUACUAUGGAAAAUU